GUUGCGCUGUAUACGUAGUAAAAGUUCGAAAUAUCUCUAGCAGGAUUGUCUUUUGUCAGGUUGAAAUAUCAAAUUCAGUUUGCUGCCUCGUCUCUGAUCAGGUUCAAAACUCGACUUCAAUCGCAAAUUUUGGGCAUGGAUGAUCCGGCUACCAUGAUCAGUCCACCGUCAAGUCCGUCGGAGGUCACCUGGCAGGUGGCUUUCUUUGCUCUCGUCCCAUUAGCUUUAGGAACCAUGACCCAGCCCGUGGGGCGCGUCUUCAAUACAGCACCCGAGCUGCGAUUCUGGUUUGCGGUCUUCACCUAUCUUCUCCCUUGGCGAUGUACUCUACUUUUCCUCCGGGUUACUACCGAUCAUUGUCUAGAACCAACCUGGUCCUGGCGACAUUUCAAGGCGGAGCUAGCGUAUCGAGUUCGAGAUGAAAAAUGGGAUGAAGAGCCAACGAAAGAGGUUGAGAAAGCGGCUCUGGGUCGUUGGGCCUUGAUCUUGCUGGGGGGGAUCCCGUGUCAAACCAUCAAGCUCGUGGGUAUGCGUGGCAUCCCAUGGACACAGACUCUAGCCAUCAUGUAUUUCCUAUCUCUACUGUUUGGGGAGGUCUUGAACAUCCUGGCCGAGACAAGUUUCCGAACACCUCGCAUAGCUCCGUCGCUCGAGUGUCUCCCCUCCGAAACGAAUUUGACUUGCCUCAACGUGUUUGUGGCAGGAUGCAACAUCUUGCAAGUAAUGGUUAUCUCGACUCCGAGGACGAUUCCCAUCUUUCCGUCUACCGAAUACUUUGGAUUAUUCACUAUCUGCAAUGGUCUUCUAACAAUGCCUGCCAUUUUAGUAUUUGCUGGAUUUCGUCAGGACCUUGUUAGAGAACCGGAACCGAAUUCAAGCUCUCUUGUUUCGAUUCUCUCCUUGGGGCUUGCCAACUCCGCAGCCCUGUACGUCAUUACGUAGGCUGGCCAGAUUGAGCCAUCAUCUCUUUGGGGAGUUUGCGUACUUUUAGCUUUUAACAAUGCUAUGUACUUCUCAUUUUUGCUUAUCUAUACCGAAGUUUGGUGCCGGUUGAAUCAUUGGAUAAGGCGGUUGAGUGAAAUUAGAGUUGGGCAAAUCAUGGGUGUUCCCAACACCAAAACUGAGAUUGAUUAUCUUCUGUCAUUUCU